AUGAAAAAUCUCAACAUGAUAACAAACAAAAUAGUGGAGGAGCGGGUGCAGGAGUAUUGCAGAAAAAUCGAGGAGCAGAAAUUAAAAAAUGUGAAAUCUACCAUCCAGUUCGACCGAACAAAACGGAGCCUGAACAACAGGAAGAAGCUCUACCAUGCUAAAAUGAGGAACGAUGAAAUAGAGAGAAACAAUAAAAUCUUGAAGAAAAAACUGGAGGGAAUAACCAGACGAGACAAGCGGGCAGCGGAACAGUCGAAGCAAACGGCCAUUCACUUGGAAGUCAAUCUUAACAGGAAGAAUUUUUUGUUCGAUAAUAUUAAGAAGGCUAAAAUUAAAAAGGAGAAAAAAAACAACCACGUUAAUGUGCCUCCCCCCCUGGUUAUGAAGCCCCGAGUGAAAGUCCUGUAUAAAGGCUACAUCGACGACAGCCAGAAAAGCUGCAAGUUCUACACAGAACUGAAAGUCGACGAAGAAGCCAACCUAACCGUUAUCGCGUUAAAUUUAAAAAAUAAAAAAAUAAAAAAGUUUUCCUGCAAUAAGGAGAGGCACCACGAGUUGCUGAGCAACCUCGGGACGUACGAAGAAAUCGCAAAGAACCUGACCCACCAGGAGGAAGAGAGCACAGACAGAGCAAAGAAACGAACCCUAAAUGGUAAACCAAGUAAAAACCAAAUCGCCGACAAACCUAUGCGAAUCAAGCACAGAGUAAUGAUGGAGAGUGUCGAGAAGACAUGUGAUUUUUAUUUAAAAAAAUACUUCAACGAUCACGUGGAAGUGCAAGGGGUGGGGCAAGAGGAGGACCCAUCGAGAUACACAAACAAUGACCAAGCAGAUACAGACAUGAGUAAAAAUAAAAGCGUGCUAAGUCUUAAGAAAAAAAACUCAUUUCUUUUAUUCAAAAAUGAUUUAUUGUAUAAGUCGAAAAUUAACGAAGCCCAGGCUGUCCUCAUAUUUAAGAAAAUGAAGGAGAAGCUUAAAAAGAACAACAGUAGUCAUGUGGGUGUCGUGAUGGGUAACUGCUCCAACGAGGGAACCACCUCCAAGACUGCCACUGCCAACGAGGGGACCACCUCCAAGACUGCUACUGCCAACCAGGGGACCAUCUCCAAGACUGCCACUGCUAACCUGAGCGACGCCAACAACGGUGGACCCGGAGAUGAUACGAAGCCGCACCCCGUGGAGAAGUUCGAACGUGGAAAGCAGCAGGGCGAGGAGGAGGCGCCAGACGGGGGAGGACAUGUCACAGGGGUGGCGACCGAAGAGAAGGCAGACGAGAGGAUAGACGAGACGACUGAAGAUAAGACAGACGAGACGACCGAAGACAAGACAGAGGUGAUGGCUGAACAUACCACAGGGGAGACGCCCCAACAGGGAAAGGAUGACAAUCCCCCUCUGGAAAGCGCCUACACGAAGGACUUAAAAAAAUGGAGAGUCACGCUGGACGAGGGCAUGCGCAGUGAAGUGGAGGUGGCGGUGGAAAAAUAUACAGGGGGGGUGGCGGCAGGGCAGGAAGGGGAAGAAGCACCUCUGAAGGAAGAAGCACCUGUGGAGGAAGAAGCACAUGUGGAGGAAGAAGCACCUCUGAAGGAAGAAGCACCUGUGGAGGAAGAAGCACCUGUGGAGGAACCAAAAUCUCAAAGUGCCGAGUGCACUGCCGCUUUAGAGUGCGCCCCGGGUGAAGGUGCGGAUGCGAACGAAAACUGUGCAGAGGAGUGA